GGUGGGCGGAUCGAUCCAAAUAUCGAUAGUAUCGAUCCCAAGUCGGGAUCGGUAUCGGAUCAAUACUAGCCUGGUUAGAUCGAUUCUUUACUUUGAGUUCUGCUUAUUUGCUAUGCUGUGCUUUUGGCAAAAACGAAACAGCCAGGUCGCUGGACUAGCCGCUCCUGUGUCAGCGGAGAGCAGGCACACUUUGCUCCCCCCGCCCCCCCUCUCUUAUGUUUCGGUGUUGCGCUGACACGUCACGUGACUUAGACACUUUGGGGGUUAUUAAGUUGUUUACAUAUUAGGGUCAUUCUUACUAUUCGGUGCCAUUUGAGUCCUAAUGACAUAAUAUGGUAUAUUUAGUGUAAAACUUGUCUAAUGCUUAUUUCUAAACCAUUUUCUUGUAUGUUUAACCCCCCUCUACCAUAGAACACAUUGAUAUAUACACAGGAUAAAUACAUUAAAAGUAAAUUACUUUUAUUUUAGCACAAGUCACUAAAGUACUAUGUCCCCAGUCAUGCUUGCUCGACUUCAGUUACAAAUAUAACUUAAAAAAAAAAAAAAAAUCUAGAUUUUUCAUCAUUUCUGGAUUGGCUUAUUUCUAAUGUUCCUCAUCAAAUGUUCUUUUUUAUUAUUAAUGCAUGUUUAAUACUUAAAAUCUUUAAAAAAUGUUGUGUCCCUGAAUCAACUGUCACCCCUGUUACUCUGAUAAGAAUUCCAUAGAACACAUCACCUGAUUAUUCUUUUAGUCACAUGACACUCCCGGAUGUAACAUAUUUUGGAGGGAAAACUUUCAAGAAGAAGACGAGGAAUGGCACCAAUGUCUGCUGCGGAGAAGCAGCGGCGCUACCGAGCACGUCGUGAUGCUGACCCUGAGAGAAGACAGAUAUAUCUCAAUAAAGAGAAAGAGAAGUGGAGAAAGGACAGAGAGGAAGGGAAAAAAAAGAAAGUGGCAGAUCUCAGUGAACGACAGAAGAGAGCACAGAGAAAGCAGUGGCGAGAAAGGAAAAGAAAGCAGAGGGCUAGUGCCAAAGGCAGGACAGAAUUUGAGGCUAUGAAUACUCCUCCCCUAAGUCCAGAAUAUUCCCUAGAGCCAGAAAAUGCCCCGCAACCAGGACCCUCAAGGUUAGAAGAAGAGUUGACAGUUCAAUGCUUUGCUGAUUAGGUAGAUUUUGUAUUUGAAUGAUAAAACACCUUCCAGGCGGCAUGAUCCCCCUGCGAUAUGGGCCCAUCUUGACCCUGUGUUAGACAUGAUCAGAGAAAGAUACCCUCUUAUCAAACACCUCCAUGUCUUCAGCGAUGGUCCAGCUACACAAUACAAACAAAAGGGCAACUUUUACCUGCUCUCAAAAGAACCAUUCAAAAAAGGGUUCAAAAACAUCAGCUGGAACUUUUUUGAGGCCAGCCAUGGAAAGGGGGCUCCAGAUGGUAUUGGAGCCACCCUUAAAAGGUCAGCUGACACAAUUGUCCGCCAUGGAGGAGAUAUCCCCAACGCAGAAGCUAUGUUUCACAAGCUGAGAGACAUGGGCACUUCAGUGGAACUUUUUUUUGUGGGAGAAGAUGAUGUUGAGAGGAAAGUAAAAGAAAUUAUUGAUGGACCGACACUUGUGCCUGUCAAAGGAACCAUGAAAAUCCACCAAGUACUCAGUUUCUCUCCAGGAACAAUAAAAUACAGGGACAUAACCUGCCUUUGCCAGGCAGACAAAGGUGUACUGGACUGUGAAUGCUAUGGCCUGAAGGAGAUAAGCCUUAGUCAAGAGGCAAGUCCACAUUGCACUGAGGGACCAACCCGGCCUGAGAACAUCACAAAAGAUCAUAUUGGUCAGUGGUGCAUUAUCAACUACGAUGGUGAACCCUACCCAGGAAUCAUUCUGGAGGUUGAAGAGGAUGUUAAAGUGAAAUGCAUGCACAAGAACGGGACCAACAAGUUCCACUGGCCAAGUCCACGUGAGGACAUAACCUGGUAUAGGGAUGACCAGGUUGUGUGUCUGAUGAAAGAACCAACACCUCUGAAUAAGAGGUCAGUUCAGCUGGAGAGGAAAGUGUGGGAUUUCCUUGAAAAAAACUGGAGUUGCUGGUCUGUUGCAUAGGUAAAAGGUGUGAGAAAAAUGUUCAUUAUGUUGGGUGUACAGUGAAAAUUUGCUUGUUUAAUGUGGACAUGUAUCUACCUGUGUUGGUUGGACGGGCAUGGUGAAGGUGUUCAAAGUUUCUUUAAGGUGGUAUUUUUUGUCACUGAUGUUAUGUCCACCCUGUUACCUCCUGUCCACCCUGUUACCUGUGUGUUUCUUUUGUUAAUUAAAUCAAAUCAACAAACAUAAUGCAUGUCUCUUUGGUUAUUGGGAGGGAAUGAAUCAGCAAAAUUAAGUUACUUAAAAAUGGAGCCAAUUUUUUUUUUAUAUUCCCUU